UUUUUUGCUUGAGUUUAUAGUAUCACUAUAUAUAUUAUGGAAUAGUACAUCAAACUACAUAAACUCCCCUCUCCCGGCAAUGGAGAUGAAAAAGAUACUUGUAACAGGUUCAUCAGGUUUCUUAGGUGGUAAACUCUGCCACGCCUUACUCAACCAUGGCUACUCAGUCCGAGGUUUUGACCGCCAAACCACCAACCUCUCUUCCCUCCACGCUGCCCACUUCGAAUUCUACUUUGGCGACAUUACUGACUUCUCCUCCCUACUCGCUGCCGUCUCCGGUUGUGACUUAGUAAUCCACUCCGCCGCACUCGUCGAGCCUUGGCUUCCUGAUCCUUCUCGUUUCUUCACCGUUAAUGUCGGUGGAUUGAAGAACGUGAUUCAAGCUUGUAAAGAAAGUAACUCGAUACAGAAGAUCGUCUAUACGUCGUCGUUUUUUGCUCUUGGACCUACUGAUGGUGGUGUCAUUGCUGACGAGAAUCAGGUACACCAUGAGAAGUUCUUUUGUACGGAGUAUGAGAGGUCGAAAGUUGCAGCUGAUAAGAUAGCAUUACAGGCUGCAUCAGAGGGGGUUCCCAUUGUGGCGGUCUAUCCAGGAGUUAUGUAUGGUUCUGGCAAGCUUACGACUGGAAAUAUUGUAGCUAAAUUGGUGAGUGAGGAUGUUAAAGAUAGUGAAAUGAUAAAAUCUUUACACGUGAUUAAAUUUUGGGUAUCACUUCAUCAUUAGAUAUUUGUUUUUGCUAACGCGUCAUUGAUUAUCUUAAGGUCAUAUCAGAUAAUAAGUACUAGGAAGAGUAGGAACACGUAAAAUAGGUUCUUGUAAUAUAGGAAGAGUACAGUCAUAUAGUAUGUCUGAAAAUUCUUCCUCGUUUUCUAUUGUGAAAAAUUUAGGGGGAAAGAGAUAUAAGAUAGAAAACA